AUGGUGCUGGACAUCAACCUGUUCAGGAAGGAAAAAGGGGGCAACCCCGAAAAAAUUAAAGAGUCGGAAAGGAAGAGGUUCCAUGACGAGACGAACGUCGAUAAGGUCAUCGAGUACGAUGAGAAGUGGAGGAAGUGCAUUUUCAAAUUGGAAGAAUUGAAAAAAAAUAUUAAUUUAGUGAAUAAAGAAAUAGGGAAUAAAAAAAAGCAGGACAAAAAUGCAAAUGUGGAAGAUUUAAAGAAAAAAAGUUUAACGAUGAAGGAGGAAAUCCCUCAGCUGCAGAAUCAGGAAAGGGAUUUACUUAAGCAGAGAAAUAAGUACCUCAGUAAGGUCGGUAAUUUGCUUAACAAAGACGUGGUAACUUCGAAUGACGAGGAUAACAACAAGGUGGUGACCACCUGGGGGGUGUGCAAAAAAUUGGAAGUGACAACAGAUGAAGCUUCAGAAGAGAACAAAAGCGGUAAGGGGGGCAACAAGAGGGAGGUUCCAAGUGGCAGCUCGAUCGGUGGUGGUGUCGUCCACCCGAAUGGCAACAUCGGCGGGAAGAAGUACUACUACCACUUUGACCUGCUGAGGAAAAUCGGAGGGGCGAAUUUCAAGAAGGGCAUCCAGGUGGCUGGUCACAGGGGUUAUUACCUGACCGGAGCAGGCUUCCUCCUACACAAUGCAAUUUUGCAAUACGCAAUAAACUUCUUAGUGAGCAAAAAUUACACCCCUGUGUAUCCCCCCUUUUUUAUGAAAAAAAAUAUAAUGGAGGAAUGUGCUGAGUUGGACGAUUUUGAGGAGACCCUCUACAGGAUUGGCUCAUCUGGAGGUAACCCCACAGGGACGACAGGUACUGCUGCAAGUGGGGCACCAGUUUCUGCGACCGUUGCCCAGAGCGAUGACCCCAACAGAGACGACUUGUUCCUCAUUGCUACGUCUGAGCAGCCACUGUGUGCACUGCAUAAAGAUGAAACGAUCGAAUCAAAGUAUUUACCCUUGAAGUAUGCUGGGGUUUCUUCCUGCUUUAGGAAGGAAGCAGGAGCACACGGAAAGGAUAUUAGGGGCAUUUUACGAGUUCACCAGUUUGACAAAAUAGAACAAUUCUGUGUAUCCCUCCCUCAAACAAGCAACAAGGUACAUAAAGAAAUGAUGAAGACCUGUGAGGAGUUUUAUCAGUCACUUAACAUCCCAUACAGAAUUGUUAGCAUCGUAUCCGGAGCACUAAACAACGCUGCUGCGAUUAAGUAUGACCUGGAAGGUUAUUUCCCUUCGAGCAAUCAAUACAGGGAACUCGUAUCAUGUAGCAACUGCACGGACUACCAGAGCAACAACCUAAACGUUAAGUACGUAGACUCGAGUGUCAAAAUUAGUGACGUGAAAGAGGAGGGAAAGAAAAAGGGAAACAACGGGGGUGAUUACAACGAUUGUGAUGAGGUUGGAAGUGACCAUGAGGAAUUUUUGCAAAACUUCCAAACGGAGAGUAGGAACAGUGUGCACCUCCUCAACGGCACCAUGGUGGCGGCGCAGAGGUUCCUCUGUUGCCUCCUCGAGAAUUACCAAAACGGAGAGGGCAUCGUCGUGCCGGAAAAACUACGCCCAUACAUGAACAACGUUGAAUUUAUUCCCUUCAUCGAGUGA